AUGCUACCUGCCAAACCCGUCCUCCAGCCGCUGCCCUCCAUUGCCAGCAUUUUGGGCGAUCCCCAGAAGUGUACGCCUGCCGAUGACUACUACAGUUACGAUCAGUACUAUCAGGGGUAAGGUCUCAUUAGAAACAGUCCGAAAAAAAUCAAUUCGGUCCGUUUUAUCUCUAACUUCUCACUAAAUUAUCUUCGCGUUCCCGUCAACAACCUCAUUUUUCAGGCCGAUGAUCAACAUUGCCUACCAGCCACAGACAAUUUACAUCAACCAAUGGCAGGCUUUCCCUCCGUCCCCCUACCCACCUCAUCCACAGUAUCCGGUGCAUCCAACUUCUUAUUCAACUUCUGCCGGACAACCCCUUCAACCCUACAACACUACGGACAUGCCCUGCACGUAUCCACUGACGCACCUGGACUUCGCAGACACUCCAAUCGAGAAGAAGUGGAGAAGCACUCCCGGAAAAGCUCCAAAGACACCAAAGGUGAGCUCGAUCACCGCUUUUCCUGGCACAAACCUAUUAUUCGCGUUUUCAGAAACCACGACAGGAUGGAAUCUGUUCUCAUUGUUCCACCAGCACAACGACAUUGUGGCGCAAGAACGACGACGGAAAUCUCGAGUGCAAGUGAGUCUAAAUUGAGGGCAAAGUACGUCGGAAAGGGUCCCUCGGGAAAGUGAUGAUUGGAGUGGGAGUGUGACGGAGAGGGACCCUGACUUCUGGCCGAGGACUCCAAUUUUAGAAUCGAAUUGAAUAGGCACCAAUUCUUCCAUUCAUUCUCCAUUCUGUGGGCGUAACUCUCAACUUUUCAGUGCCUGCAACCUGUACUACCGUCGCAACCACGUAAAAAGACCGCUGACUCUGUGCAAGGAGACUCUGUCGACCAGAAACCGUCGCAAAGUGAAGAAGGACUGAUUACCCCACCCACUUCCGUCUUCUGUUUUGCCCGUUCCUCGUCUCAAGUGCAAUCAAUCAUUUGUUCCCAUUUUCGUCAGAGUUUCUUUUCGCCCCGGAUCGUCCUCGUUUUCCGCAACUUUUCUCUUCUUUUCGACUCAAUUUUAACCCCAUUGUAAUCCUCCUUUGUAUCCUUCCAAACCGCCCGCCUUCUCGCCCCAAACUUUUCAUUCUUUUCUUUUUUUUUCUUCUCCCUUUUUCUCGCUAGCGCUGACCUUUUUACUCGAUUAUUUGCAAGUAUCUGAAUUGAUGAAUUCGUCAGAAUAUUUCGUAGUCAGUUUGGUUAGAUAUUCAGUUUCAGCUGAACACACCAAUCAGCAAAGUUCGGCGGAAACUCGAGAGUUUCGUUUACCUCUGGACCUCCACGUGCUCACAAAGUUGCAACUUUUCGGUUUCCUCUGGUUUUUGAGAUACUAUUUACGAGAAGGCACUAGUUCAAUUACUCAUAAAGUUUCUUUUAAUUCUACUAGCUGUUCACUUUAUUGGCACAAGACCCCAUAGACCAGCCACGUGUGCUUUGACGAAGAUGAGCAGGAGCCUAGGGAGACAUGUUUAUGUUCAUUUUGUUCCAGUUUGUUCUUCUUCUCCAAACUCUCAGUGCGUUCAAAGAAAAAUUCGAGAGCAGCAGCUGACCAAUUUUGGGAAGAGAGAAAAAGAGAAAGACGAGUUCCAACAUGCUCCACGGAGUUUCGCCAAUUUUCAGCAGUCCUGCCCGCAUCCACAUUCUUCUCAUCCCGAAAAUGUGGAAUUUUAUGAGAUUGCUUCCCUCAUUUCUCCUAGUCCAUGUCUCUGCGCGUCCGGCUCCCGCGUGCUUCCUCCGCUCCCGGAUGCCGCAUCCACCACCCCGACGAGAAACAUUUUUUGGGGCGAGGCGUCGGCGAGAAGAAGCGCUUAUUGCUCGAAAUAAUCACCGACAUUUCUCAAAACCUCCGGCUGAUGGACGGGUCAUAUUGCCCCGUGUCGCGCCCGGCCGUCAGUUGGCUCCGCUCUGGAAUCCGAUCAGUGAAUCUCCUUGCGCCGACUGCGCUCUCUCGCUCUCUCGUGCCCAUUUCACACACUACUCAUCAUUUCUCUUGACAUUUACUUUUUUUUGAAGUUUUCAAAGCAUAACACGUCGAGGUUCGCUGUCAGAAACGUCAGUUCUUCCAGCCAUGAUCUUAUCAACACGAGACCUGUGGACGAGAAUGCGCAGUGCGAACGGAGGCCGUCGAAGGCGCCCAGCCAUUCCGGACAUGCACAUCCGCACGAUGGAUCUGCACACGUUCUCGUCAGUUUUCUAAUUUUCCCCUUUUUUAGUUUAAAAGUGCAUCUACUGUCACCGUAGAAUUCUGCUAGUCGCGCUCUACCGAAACUCACGUAGUUUGGCGUUAGAGCGCGAUUCUCGUCUCAGAGGCGAGUUCAGUUUCAACUUAAGAAUUGCAGCGACUCUCUCUGUCGCUGAUCCUGUUCUACCUGCUCGUCUCCAUCUUCCCCGCCAUCCUCUUCUACCCAGUUUCCCUUCUGAGCAUGGCCGUUCCUGUUCUCGCUCUUUUCUUCGCUCUCUGCUCCAUUCGAGGCGAUUAUCAAAGCACCCAAUGGCCCAUUCUCUUCAUUGCUCUCAUCGGAAUUCUCCUCAAAUCGCGGCGAUUGUCGUCUACAUUUCUUUGUUUCCUUUGAAGGACUACUCUCGAAAACCAGGACGGGGUCCGCGUGAGUUUGGGGGAAAAUGGGAACUCUCUAAAAAAUAUGUAUGUUUCAGAGAAGACCGAAGCUGAAAUGAAGCACUACCGUACAGUGUUCUACAUUAUUCUGGCAACGGUGGAAUUCUUUAUUCUCAUUGUGGGAAUUUGUUUGAAGUGGCAACUUGUCACCUUGCACCAAAGAGAACAAAUCCAAAAAAGAGUGAGACCUUCAGAAAGGCUAGCACGGCAAAAGUGACGUUUUUCAGAGAUCCACUCUUGUCGCGAACCGUCCUUUGAUCGAUGGCGAACCGGGAGCUGGUGGGCCAAGAAGAUCUCUUCAAGUUUAGAAUACAACCUCUUCUCCCAUUCUUUCGAUUUCACAGUUUUCCCAACUCAUGAGCUCUCUACGAUCUCCUUUUUUUCACCCUCCCCUCACCUCUAGACUCUUAUUUUUACGGUGUACAUAAACUCAUUUUUCCACAGUCAUCCUAUGAAUAUUUUGGUUCCCAAAAAGAGUCUAUUCUGACUCUCAAAUUGCAGCAGUAGUUCAAGAGUUUAGAGCUUCACUUUCUCAUAAUUAGAAUCGUACUCUUAUCAGUUACUCACGUUGUUUACGGCAGUCUGGCUCACAAAUCCCUUUUGCUAUUCUCUCAAUUCAUCAGAAACUCAAGCUCUUGAUUGGUGCUCAUUAGUCGAGGCGGCGGUGCCGGCAGGUACCCCUCUUCGCUCAUUUUCAGCUUGUUAUCACUACACGCUCCGCCCUCAUCUCGGAGCUUUCUUCUAUAAAAAGGAGUGGAGCGAGCUGAAAUUAUCAUUAAAAAGUGAUGCAUUUCAACGCCCUCCUUCUCUCCUCCUGCCUUCUUCUGACCCUCGGCGCCCCGUUCCAGAAGUACGCGGAAUACUUUGAGUACCUCGACAACGGCACCCAGGUCAUCACGGAUCCGUCGAAGCCGCUGAAGAUCGGCUCCUCCGAGUUCUUCUGGACCGGCCACUACCAACCGACAUUCGGGCUCCCAAUCGUCUGCCAAGUGCACAAUCCUUCCGAGGAGUGGAACCUCGGAGACGUCGUGUUCAACAACGGAACCCCUCCGUCCGGUCUCCAGUUCGGAUGCCCGCCCAACGCCCUUUGCUCCGGGCUCCGCUGCAAGACGUGGGACGGAUUCAGCGCCGAUUCCGCACUCUACCUCAUGUAAGUGGCCUAAAACACUUUUCCUCUCAGCAAAUCCAUUCUGCAGGAUGGCGUUCUUCCUGUCCGGCUUCCUGAUCCUCGGAUGCCUCCUCUGCCACGCCACCUCCUGCAAGAGCGAUACCCUCCAAAUCUUCGUCAAGCCAGUGCUGGAGGUUCAUGAGCUCAAAAUCAUGAAGCACUCGGAAAUCGACGACCACGUCUGCGACAACGACCUCCUCAGUCAGUACUGA